CUGCACAUGCGCAGAGGGAGCGCAGCUGCGUGCGGUCGCUGGCUGCUACUUCCUGGAUGCUCGGGUUAGCUUAGCACUGUGUGUGUGUGUGUAUGCGUGCGUUAGUGUGUGUGUACAUGUGUGUGUAUAUAUGUGUGUGUGUGUGUGUGUGUGUUAGCAGCAUGAGAGGACUGGAGGCUCCGGGCUGCAGGAGGUGACUUCACCGAGGAGCACACGACAAACAGACGUUUCUGACGGAGCUCAGCUCGACGACAUGGAUUACUGGAGUGCCUUGGAGGUGUACAAGGAGAUGGUCCUGCUGUACCUGGAGGAGGGCCGGCGGCACGUCAACUCGCGCUGCGCCGACCUGGAGCCGUGGCAGAUCAUCGGGGUGACCGUCAUCACCACGCUGGGAGCUGUCUGGGUCAGAGGCUUCCUCUUCCAGCAAGAAAGUCUUGUGUCGCGAAUCAAGAAGAAGUGCUUUCGACUCAUCAGAAAAAUACCCUUCGUUGGCGGAACGAUUCAGGGUCAGCUGAACAAGGCUUUGGACGACAUGUCUGCCAGCCUGUGCACUUUGAAGAACGGGAUGAGCUACACCAAACAGUUGCCGUCCAAAGGCCUCUCUCAGAGCCAAGUGCUGGACAAAAUCAGAGAGUACGAGACUCUGAAUGACGUGCCGUGGGAGAAAGGAUGUGUUUCGGGGGCAGUGUACUGGGGCGAUGAAACCCUGACCAAACUCCUGGUGAAGGUAUAUGGAGAUUUUGCAUGGAGCAAUCCACUUCACCCAGACAUAUUUCCAGGUGUUAGAAAGAUGGAGGCCGAGGUUGUUAGAAUGGCCUGCGCGCUUUUCCAGGGCGGACCUGACUCCUGUGGCACUGUCACUUCAGGGGGAACUGAGAGCAUACUGAUGGCCUGCAAGGCGUACAGAGACAUGGCGUAUGAGCGAGGUGUCAAAUACCCUGAAAUCAUUGCACCUGUGAGCGUCCACGCAGCCUUUAACAAAGCGGCACAUUACUUUGGGAUGAAGCUGGUUCACGUUCCCCUCGACAAUAAAACAAUGAAAGUAGACGUGAAGGCCAUGAAGAGAGCCAUCAACAAGAACACGGCUAUGCUCGUGUGCUCAGCACCGCAGUUUCCUCAUGGAAUCAUGGAUCCCGUUGAGGAAGUAGCCAAGCUGGCCGAACGCUACAACCUCCCGCUGCAUGUGGACGCAUGUCUCGGAGGUUUCCUCAUUGUCUUCAUGGCCAAGGCUGGUUAUCCUCUCGCCCCAUUCGACUUCAGGGUAAAGGGUGUUACCAGCAUUUCUGCAGACACCCACAAGUAUGGCUACGCCCCUAAAGGUUCCUCAGUGAUCCUGUACAGCGAUAAAAAGUACCGCCAUUACCAGUACUUCGUAGCUCCAGACUGGCAGGGGGGAAUCUACGCCUCGCCCUCGAUAGCGGGCUCCAGGCCAGGAGGCAUCAUCGCCGCCUGCUGGGCGACCAUGAUGCACAUUGGAGAGAAUGGAUACAUAGACGCCACCAAGAAAAUCAUCAGCACAGCUCGCAAAAUCAAAACAGAAAUCUGCAAGAUAAACGGCGUGUUUGUGUUUGGGGACCCAGAGGUGUCAGUGGUGGCGAUAGGCUCGGAUGUUUUUGAUAUCUUUCGUCUGUCUAACGCACUGACGUUGAAGGGCUGGAAUCUGAACACACUGCAGUACCCAUCCAGUAUCCACAUUUGUUGCACAGUUCUACACACAAAGGGGGAGGUCGCAGAUAAUUUUAUUCGUGAAGUCAAAGAGCAGGUCGCCAUCAUCAUGAAGAACCCCAAAGAGAAAACCACAGGAAUGGGAGCGAUCUAUGGCAUGGCCCAGUCCAUCCCAGACAGAUCCAUGGUGACAGAGAUCUCCCAGGGCUUCCUCGACUGUCUCUACAGCACAGAGGUGCCCAAGACAAACACCAGCCACAUGAACGGCAACGGCAAAGCUCACUGAAACAGGAUCGGGCCCUCGAUGCCCGACUGCAUGCACGCCUUUCCCCCAGAGCUCAGAGUUAAUCACUCAACAGUUGCCUUAUCUUGCACACCUACAACACAUGAAAACAUCUGUAAACAUCUGUGAAGCACAAGCCAUCUUCAUUUGGGGGAAAUCGCUUGUAACACUGUGCGUUAACAGCACAGAGAAGUGACAGAUUCCAAACACGUUUUAGUCAUUUUACUUGAUUAACUCAAUGUUGUUGAAGAGUGAGUUGUUUUAUGUUUUUAAUACUCAUUUCAAUUGUAACUUUUGUUAAAUGCAUCUAUCUCUCACAAUCUACAGUGAUUUCAUCAUGAAACCAUUCAGUUUUUAUUACAAAUUCCAGAACAUUUCAGCUCACCCUCACUGCUUCAAAAAUCUGUGAUGACUCAGCAAAAACAGAGGCCACUGAAAGCUUGUUAGAAACGCUGUGCUGCCCUCUAGCGUGACAUCUGAUGCACUGCUCUAGACUGGCUCUGCAUGUGGAGGUAUGACUCAGGCUUUUGGUUGUCAUCAUCGCAUUAUCUCUGGAAAAUAGCAUUCAUAUGAGAAAAGCACUGCAAUGCCCCUGACAAGAGCAUAUCAGGGGAAUGUGUCACUUGAAUCGACAGGUCUCAGAUGCGAUGGUCGUCUGUAAUCAUGUUUAUCCACGUUCGUUAGCACUUUGCAUGCAGACAUGGUUUUUGUUUUAAGUCCAGAUUUCGAUAGUUGGAGCUUUUAAUGUCAUUAUGCAAUAUUCAAAAGGAUGUGUGUUAAAUUGAAAUAAGGGGAAAGUAAUAACCACAGCAGGAAAACAUCAGCCACUUAUGUUAUUAUUAAUUGUUCUCAGACUUCCUCACAGCAGUUGGCUUGUAAAGGAAAUGAAUGAAAGUUAAAAUCUUUUAUCAGACUGGAUUGAAGGCCAUGGUCCACUGUUUAUUAUCAAUUAGCAGUAGUAGUAAUAAUCAGUAGUGUGCCUGUGUGCUGCAUUGUUUUAAUCAUUUGUCUCCUAAUUCAAUCUACCUCAGUUUCUACUUAAUGCAAAUGAUUCAUCCACUGAAACACAUUCUAACAGGGCCACUGUUUUUUCCAUUAAUCUAACAGGAGCUUCAGAAUGUUCAGGCAUUUAAUAAAGUGUUCUUAAAUACACGGGUGCAUCUAAAAAAUUAGAAUGUCGUGGAAAAGUAAAACAUUUUUGUUUUCAGUGAAACUUUCAUGUGUUCUAGAUUUAUUAGACACACUUUUUGUGUUUUGAUUUCGAUGUUUUGAUUAUGGUUUAAAGUCAUGAAAAUGUAAUUAAGUACCUAAAUAUAUUCAAAUAUUUCUUAAGAUCAAUCAAAAAAGGCAUUUACAAUCCAGAAAUGUCCAACUUCUUUAAAGUAUGUUCAAUAAUACACUCAAUACUUUGUCGGAGCUCCCUUACCACGAAUUACUGCAGCAGUGCACGGUGGCACCUGAAAUGAGGAGUUUAAACCAUUAAGGCUUUUUCUCCUCAGCCCAGGUGUGACGCUCCUGACGUUGUCUCUGGUCCAGGAGUGUCUUGACACUGGGAAUGUGAAAGUCUUGCGAUGUCUGUGCGUGUUGUCUCUGGAUGCACUGACUCAGUCCACUCCUUGUGAAGAUCUCCCAACUUCUUCAUUAGGGUUUGCUUGACAAUCUUCUCAAGGCUGCAGUCAUCCCUGUUGUUUGUGCGCGUUUUCCUCAACACUUUUGUCUUCCAGUCAAAUUUCCAUGAAUAUGCGUCGAUACGUCAGCCCUUUCAGCUCACACUCCUCGUACAGGAUGUCAAUUUACUUGAACACAGCUAUAGGCCAUAAUCAUCAAUAUUAAAAUAAGAAAAAGAUUGAAACAUUUUAGUUUGUGUUAUGAGUGCAGGAUAUAUAUUAAAAUCUUCACUUUGUUAUAAUAACUGACAAAAAUAUUCAACGAUUUCACGAUAUUCUAAUGUGAGAUGCACCUGUCCUCAUACGUAAAGCAAACAGAUAUCCCCUGUGACGGAGGUCUCUGUAUGAAUGUGGAUAUAUAUACUGUGGUAAAAAUGUACACCUUCACUUACAGGCUAAUAACCUAACAAAGCAUACUGUCACACCAAAAGGAGCUUGUCUUUAUUUCAUGUGCUUUCCUAAUAUUGCUUGUUGAAAUUGUGUUUCCAUGAAAUUACUUCCAUGUUUGUGCAAUACGUAACUUUUAAAUUUGUUAUGAAUUAGAAACGAAGGGUAAUGCUCCACUAUUAAUGUUGAAGAGAUGCAUUAUCAGAAGCAUAGUGUUGAAUGGUGGCAUGUCAACCUUGUUGGUGUAAUUUAACCAUUUGUGUUUAUUAGACACUUAAUUUGUGAGUUGUUUUUUUUUUUCUUCGUGAAACUGUUUUUACUUACAGAGCGGUUAUAAAAGACAUGAGAUAUGAAUGUAUGUAGGUUAUUACAUGUGCAGGGAUUUUUUUUCCCUCCAUCUUUUAGUCAAUUGCCUGGUUGUAAGACUGAUGACAGAAGACAGACCGUAACACCCCCACUAACGGUUGUAGCUCGUACUAUCCAUCCAUUCAUCCUUUAAUACUGCAGCCUGUGACAGGAUGUGGAAACUUAUGCCUGUGCAAAUAAAACAAGGGCUUUUCCAGCAAUGACUCAUCCUGUUUGCUUUGGAGACAACAUGUGUGAUGAUUGAAUGGCCAAGAAAUCUCUUUUAAAUAAAAACUUUUAAUGAAAA